AUGGCCGCUGCGCAGCGGCUCCAGCUGAUGGAAGGAGGAGGCGGAGGAGGCGGAGGAGGCGGCACCGGCGGAGGAGGAACGCAGGUAUCGCAUACGAUCUCUCAUCACCACAUUCUUCUCGACGGUGGAAGCGGGUACCACGUCGCGCUUGAUCAUGCCGGGCUCGUCGUGUCAGGGGCCACUAGCUUCCGAUUCGAUCCCCAGCAAAUCAUCGGGAGCUCCACCACCAGCAAUGACGACGAGCAUCACCACCACCAUCACCACCACCAGCACGAGCUCCUGAUCCAAUCCAGCUCGAAUGCCAAGAACAAGAUCACCGGUGGUGGCGGCGAUGGCGAUAGUGGUGGUGGUACUGUCUUCGCCCAUCAUCACUACCACCAUCACCAAGCUCUCCUGGAGGAGCGGCUAUGGAGCCAGCUCCCGGAGAAGCUCGUGGACAGGGUCCUGGCGAUGCUCCCACUGCCCAGCUUCUUCCGGCUCCGCGUGGUUUGCAAGCGCUGGUACUCGCUCCUCUUUUCCGACAGCUUUCUUGAAUUGAGCUCGCGCGUUGCCCCCUCGAGGCACUGCUUCCUCCUCUUCAGGCCCGGGGUGUGGUCGCAGGGCUUCCUCUUCGAUCCCGGAGAGCGAUCCUGGCAUUUGCUGCCGCUGGGCUUCCUCCCAUCGCAGAUCGCCGUGGUCUCGUCCUCGCAGGGCCUCCUCUGUUGUAUGUCCGAGAUGGCCGGCUACAAGACGGUCGUGAUGUGCAAUCCUCUCACUCGCGCUUGCAUCCAGCUCCCGCUCACGCUCAAGGAGCGAUUCGUCCCCACCGUGGGCCUCGUCGUGGAUCGCCACACUCGCGGCUACAAGCUUCUCGUCGCCGGCGACGAUCUCAUCUCGCCAUUCGCGGUGAAGAACCUGAGCAGCGAGGUGUUCGACUCGAGCAUUCAGUGCUGGAGGAUGGCGGGAGCGCUCCCCCGGCUGUGCAACCUCGAGUCCGCCAAGACCACCUUCGCGAACGGCUGCUUCUACUGCAUGAACUACAGCCCGUUUGGAGUGCUGGCCUACGACGUGGAGUCCGGGACGUGGAACAAGAUCCAGGCGCCAAUGCGGCGCUUCCUGCGCACGCCCAAUCUCGUCGAGUGCCGCGGGCGAUUGGUGAUGGUGGCGGCGGUGGAGAAGAACAGGCUCAACGUCCCCAAGAGCAUCCGGAUCUGGGGGCUGCAGCACCCCAAGAGCGUGUGGAUCGAGCUGGAGAGGAUGCCGCAGGCGCUGUACGAGGAGUUCAUGCGGAUCUCCUGCGAGCGGGCCUUCUACUGCAUCGGCCAUGGCAACUACAUCCUCCUCACCAUCCAGGAGUGCUCCGAGGUGCUCAUGUAUGACUUCUACGAGAAGCUCUGGCGAUGGCUGCCGCGCUGCCCGUUCCUGGGCGAGAUUGAGCACCCGGCGCAGGGAUUCAUGCAGGGAUUCGCCUUCAGCCCCCGCCUGGAUGCCUUCGUCUACCCCAACAUGAUCUGCUGCUAA